GGUGGUGGCACUUCUAGGUUUGUCACAUUCUCAGGAUGUCUGAAUGGGUUCAAGAGAAGAGACUGCCCAGGGACUGGAUCUGAACGCUUUAAACAACAGGUCACUGACUGAAGGAGGUCACUGAAUUAUCAUCUCUACAGGUACCACAAUCAUGGCACCAAUCAGCCCAGAUCUCUUUGGCUGGGCGAUCUCCGAGCAACCAGAGGCCGCAUUUCUCUCCAUAAUUGUCCUCAUCAUCAUUAGCAUUGCGCUCUUGGUUCUCUGUGCAAGCUGUAGAAAACAUUCAUUUGAGUUGGAGAGCAACAGUGCAGCCAGUGCACCAGGGCAGAAAACAUCGACACUUGCAAGAAUGGGCGAUUCAUCAGGAGCCAGACACAACCCUGCUGCUAAUGAAAUCAUGGGUGAUGAAAUCGGUUUAGAGCCUGAGGAUAUACCAAUAUCUCAAGGAGGAAUCGUGCACACACCUUGGAGAAGUCACACUCUCUCUCAAGGUUCAAACCUACCAACUCAAAUAAAUGGCGGUGUUGGGACAGUAAGGGUUGAGGGGUUCAGUAACGCUUCAAGCUAACUGAGAAAUUAUAAUAAAAAUGGCGUCGGUGUAACACCACAGACUUUGUGGUGUAAACAAGCCUGUAGAAAGUUCCACCAUCUUUAUUAUGCGACCUGAAAUGCUCUUACUAAACAAAACCCCACACUAUUUGGAGAUGAAUGCUUUCUGUAUUCUUCUUGAGCCAGGCUGAAACCCUGCUUUGUGGGGUUGACUCCCAUAAAGUGCCCAUCAAACUUCAUAGGAAAUAUUGGAC